UGUUCCAGCGUCCCACUCAGGUCAUCCGAGGUCAUGAUGCACAAGCUGCAGGUGUUGCUGCUGGUGGUGUGCGUGGCGGUGGGCCCCAGCCUGGCCCAGAUCACCUUCUCGCGCUCGUGGGUGCCGCAGGGGAAGCGCUCGGGGGUCGCGGGGGCCCUGAUGGCCCCUGAGGGACCUGCUCACCUGGGGGAGAGCUGUUACGACGUUUAUCUUGAGACCCUUACUCUCCUGGCUGCUAAAGUUGAUGACCUGAUGAGGGUAACGCAUGAACUCCGGGAUGGAGAACUGCGUCUGAGGAACCCUGAUGCUGCGAAACAGUAGUGGCGUGUCUAAGACGAGACGCGUCAAAUAAGAACUUACAAGGAAAUUACAAGAAAACUCGACAAGAAAAAAAAAAUCCAGGAAAGAUGCUCAAGAAAAUGUAUAGAUCAUAUUUUGUGCCCAUUUAGUUUCAAAAUCCAGAUGCUGUAGAUAUACUGAGAUUUGCAAUGUGAGCUGCAUGUUUAUGUUCUUGUUUUAUGGAUUAAAAAAUAGG